UUAGCUGUAUCAAUUAAAUAAAUGUUGGAAUAUUAACAAGACACAUAUUUGGCUUGAAUAACCCCGCUCGCGUGCAAAAUCUGAUAGCUAUAACACACGCUUCUUGUUUUAUCUGGCUUUCUAUUGGUCAGACUCCGUGACCACUUCUGUUUGUUGGCGCGGUUGAUGAAAAGCCGGGAAUUUAACACACGAAGGACGGAAAUCUGCUAUCUGGACUACGACUAAAACAUAUCAAGAAUAUCUUUUGUGUCUUAAGAAUUCUGGGGGGUAAAGGGAUUCCGAAAUUCCUUCCAGACACACCAGGAACAUGGAGAAUGGCAGAUCCGAGUUUCCAUUUCCAUACCAGCCUUAUGACAUCCAGGAGCAGUUCAUGCAAGCCCUCUACAGCACUCUGGACCAAGGCAAAGUUGGCAUCUUUGAAAGUCCAACUGGGACGGGCAAGUCACUGAGUCUCAUAUGUGGAGCAUUGAGUUGGCUUACGUAUCACGAGGAGAAGAAGCAGCAGGAGGCAGCUACUCUGCUGCAGGAAGGAGAAGCAGCUCUUCGCACCUCUGAUCGUUCAUCCUCCACCACUACCAGCUCCUCAGCAGAACCAGACUGGAUCACCGACUUUGUCCAGAAAAAGGCUGAACGUGAUCUUGUGUCAAAGCUCAAAGAGGAAGAUUUAAAAAGGAAGAAAAGAGAGGAACGACUAGAGAUGAUCAGAAACAACGCUCACCUGAAGUAUGCAAGUAAAAGAAAGAGCACCGAAGACGAGGAAGCAUACAAGCUGCUUCAGCUAAGCAAAGAAGACCGAGAAGAGACACCAGGAGAUCAAGAGGACGAAGAGCUUAUUGUUGCAGAAUAUGAAAGUGAUGAUGAAUCAAAGAGUCAAAAGAGGUUCUUUGGAGACGAGGAUGAAGAAGAUGAGCUGGUUGAAGAGCAUGUGACUAAGAUUUAUUAUUGCAGUCGCACUCACUCCCAGUUAGCCCAGUUUGUCCAUGAGGUUCAAAAGAGUCCCUUCAGCAAAAGCAUCAGCCUGGUCACACUGGGUUCACGGCAGAAUCUGUGUAUUAAUGAAGAGGUACGACGUCUGGGCAGCAUCCAGCUCAUUAAUGAUCGCUGCAUGGAGAUGCAGAAGAACAAGCACGAGAAGCCGAAUCAUGAAGAUGGCGCGAAACGAAAGAGAGGCCCAGCGAAGAGCGUGUGUCCUCACAACAAAGCUUCUGCUCUUCACCAGAUGAGGGAUGAAGUUUUGGGGACUGUUCAUGACAUCGAGCAGCUGCUGCAGCUGGGGAAAAAAACACAAUCAUGCCCUUACUACAGCACACGUCUCGCUAUCCCACCUGCACAGUUGGUUGUGUUGCCCUAUCAGAUGGUGCUGCAUGAGGCCACAAGGAGAGCAGCAGGGAUCCAGCUGAAGGACCAGGUGGUGAUCAUAGAUGAAGCUCACAAUCUUAGCGACACGUUGUCCUGUAUACACAGCUCAGAGCUCACUGGAGCACAGCUUUGCCGGGCCUACUCCCAGCUCUCUCAGUAUGCUGACCGCUACAAGAGCAGACUGAAAGCAAAGAACGUGAUGUACAUUAAACAGAUUCUGUUUGCUAUCACGGGUCUGGUUGACGCGCUGGGAGGUAAGGCUGGACAGAACCCACAGAGCCAGACGACUCAGGCAGGAACAGAGAUGUUUACCAUUAACAACUUUCUGUUCAAGGCUCAGAUUGACAAUAUAAACUUAUUUAAGUUGCAGCGAUACUUUGAGAAGAGCAUGAUCAGCAGAAAGCUGGGUGGGUUUGUGGAGAAGUAUGCAGGCUUGAGUGUAACGCUGCAAACUCAGGGCAGCUCCAACAAGGAGAACCGUCGCACAGAAGGCCUGAGUCGCUACCUUCAGACCCUACAGAGCAAACCGAGCUCGGCACCAGUUCCCUCAACAGGCCAGCAGGGGGCUGCUGAGACUGACAGAGUUCAGUCUGCCUCUCCCAUGAUGCAGGUGGAGGGUUUCUUCUCGGCUCUCACCAACAGUAAUACAGACGGCAGAGUGGUCGUGCAGAGACAAGGCAUGUUGUCAGAGAGCAGCAUCAAGUUCCUUCUGCUGAAUCCAGCGGUCCACUUUGCUCAGGUGCUGAAGGAGUGCAGAGCGGUCAUCAUUGCUGGAGGGACAAUGCAGCCUGUUUCAGACUUCAAGCAGGAGCUGCUGUUUUCUGCUGGCGUGGGAGAGGAGCGAAUCACCGAGUUUUCCUGUGGCCACGUGAUUCCUCCUGAGAACAUCCUUCCUCUGGUUUUGUGCAGCGGCCCGUCUGGUCAGGAGCUAGAUUUUAGCUUUCAAAACCGAGACUUUCCUUGCAUGAUGGAUGAAACUGGUCGCAUCCUCUCCAACAUUUGCAACGUGGUACCAGGCGGUGUCGUCUGCUUCUUUUCUUCUUACGACUACUUGAAGCGAGUCAUUUCUCACUGGGAAGCUGGCAGUGUGCUCACCAGACUGGCAAAUAAGAAAAAGAUCUUCCAUGAGCCAAAGAAAGCUAGCCAGGUGGAGCAGGUGCUAAACGAGUUCUCCAAAUGCAUCCAGAGGUGUGCUUCAGGCAGCGUUGGACUCACAGGAGCAUUACUUUUCUCUGUGGUUGGAGGAAAGAUGAGCGAGGGGAUCAAUUUCUCUGAUGACUUGGGCAGGUGUGUGGUGAUGGUAGGAAUGCCGUAUCCCAACAUCAAAUCCCCAGAGCUGCAGGAAAAGAUGUCCUAUCUGGACAAACACCUGCCUCACACUGAUGGGAGAAGCCCUGGAAGAGCUCUGGUGGAAAACCUCUGCAUGAAGGCUGUCAAUCAGUCUAUAGGAAGGGCAAUUCGUCACCGUGGCGACUACGCCUCCAUCGUUCUCUGUGACAGACGUUACUCCCGAUCCACGACGUGCUCAAAGCUUCCCACUUGGAUCAAGGAUCGCACCAGCAUACACACGACAUUUGGUUCUGCUUUCGCCGCUUUACGGAAGUUCUUUUUGGAGAAAAAGCAGAAGCAAGUCUAGUUUCUUUCCCAACAAAACUCCAAAUGCUGUGUUUUUAAGGCGUUCUUGCAGACACCAAGCAACCAGGCUUUUGGAUUUAUCACUUUAUUUAAAUGUUCCUUGUCAAGGUUUAAAAUUUAAGAAUGGAAGUAAUUUAAUGGCACAUUGCAGAUAAAAGGAACAUUUGUCAUUUUCGGGUUUAAUAAUUUAAAUGUUAGUGAAAUGAAAAACUAGGAGCUUCUACACACAUUUAUCCAGUUGUUCAUUUAGUAAUGAUCUGACUGGUUCACUCAGAUGUUUUAAUAUCAAAAUAACAAAGUGAUAUUUUGAAUACAAACUGUUAAGAAAUCAAUAAAGUAUUCUAACUAU